CCAACUCCCAUCUCCAAUCAUGGCUUCCUUCAAGAUCUUAUCUCUCCUCCUCCUCUCCAUCCUCUCCAUUUCCUCCGCCGACGUCCUCCAACCCGACUGUGGUUCCUGCUCCCAACCCACCCCCGCCGUCGACCCCAAACAGCCCCUGCCCCCCGUCGACGUCCCCAAGCUGCCCGUCCCACCAGUAGCAGUGCCCAAACUGCCCGUCCCACCUGUCACAGUCCCCAAGCUGCCCGUCCCACCAGUUGCAGUCCCUAAACUGCCCGUGCCACCAGUAGCAGUCCCCAAGUUGCCCGUACCACCUGUCGCAGUGCCUAAACUGCCAGUGCCACCAGUAGCAGUCCCCAAGCUGCCCGUACCACCUGUCGCAGUGCCUAAACUGCCAGUGCCACCAGUAGCAGUCCCCAAGCUGCCCGUGCCACCGGUAGCAGUACCUAAACUGCCCGUACCACCGGUAGCAGUACCUAAACUGCCCGUACCACCGGUAGCAGUACCUAAACUGCCCGUGCCACCGGUAGCUGUCCCUAAACUACCCCUGCCUCCAGUAGCGGUCCCCAAAUUGCCCCUGCCUCCGGUUGCAGUGCCCAAACUGCCCCUGCCGCCGGUAACGGAGACACCAAAGGGCAAGAGUGGAUGCCCGCCGCCACCGAAAAAAGGUAAGGAAGAGACCUGUCCCAUCGACACAUUGAAGCUAGGAGCAUGCGUGGACCUUCUAGGAGGGCUUGUGCACGUAGUGGUGGGAGACCCCGCCGUGAACGAGUGCUGCCCCAUCAUCUCCGGCCUCGCCGAGAUCGAAGCCGCUGCCUGCCUCUGCACCACCCUCAAGCUCAAGGCCCUCAACCUCAAAAUCUUCGUUCCCUUAGCUCUCGAGCUCCUCGUCACCUGCGGCAAGACCCCGCCACCCGGCUACACUUGCUCCCUCUAAACAUUUGUGGAAAAUUCAAGCAUCGGACAUGAGAGGAUGUCACAUUCACAAUUCCAUUUCCUCAAUUUCUAGCCUUUUCCUUGUUAAAUUAUUUACUAAUUUGCAAUUGUUCAUCAUCAUUUCAUUAUGUAAAACUAGUUCCACGGCGAGGAAACAAUUAUUGAAGAUUGAUGUUUUAAUC